UCAAUAAUUUUUUUUUCUAUUCAUAAUAUGAAAUAAUCUAGCAGACAUUGUAAAUUUAAAUGUACCGCCACGUCAAAAGACGUCAUCAAACUCAAACUCAAGAAUUUCCCUAUGUUCUUCAGUUCUAUUGAUCAUUUCUAGACUACAGACAAAUUUUCAUGUGAUCUAUUUGUAGAGCCAGUCAGAGCUUAGAAAUUUUUAAAUAAACCUAUGCUUCAACCUUAUAUUCAAUAAAUUGGAGUGGUGUAGUGUAGUGUUCUGUUUUAAAGGUUAUGUUUGAAAACAUGAAAAGAAAUUAAAAAAAUAAAUAAAUUCCGUAGUUAAUGCGUUGAGUUAAGACUAAAACCAUGUUCACUAAACCUGGAGUGCAAAAUUAUGUAAACAUAGUGCGGGAUCUCCGACAUGACCUAUUGUUAAACUUUAGUGAAGACUACUUGUUUGAAGGAUCAGAAGGAACAUAUAACGAAGUACAUGUUGAGCUUCCAUAUCCAAUUCACAAACCUUUCAAAGUUACUGAAACGGAUCCAGUAAAACAGCUAUUGCAAGAAAAACAAGAAUAUUUAAAGUUGCUGGAAGUGAAACAACGAAGAUAUAAGUAUGAUAAGAAAAACAUUAAGAAGCGUACUAUAUCCGGUAGUGAGUACUUGUAUCUACCAACGCAUCUUUUAGAAUUUUAUAGAACUAAGGAUCCAGAUAAGUAUUUUGAUUGUGACUAUAAUUUCUACUAUACUGGUGGAUUUUUGGAGCAUGUAAGGAUAAAUAAUGAAGAUUAUCUUAUUCGACCUAAUGGAGAAAAUCAGUUAUGUCUCAGCAAUUUACAAAUAUCACAGAAUUCUGUGAUUUUAAAUUAUGAUAUACCAACAAAAAUUUUCAACAUAAGAGCUAUCGAAAGUAGCAAUAAUAGUAUAUUGGUGUUUAGAGGAAAAUAUGAUCUUAAAAUAGCGACACUUUCAAACGCACAAGAAUUGAAUGAGAUUUGGACAUACAAACAUGUUUCACCACUGUUAGAUGCUAAGUUAAAUCAUGAGCAGCUUAAUAAUGUGGGAAUUGUGGACAUGAAUCUUAAAUUGAGUAUUAGUAAUAUUGAAACGGGCCAGAUAUUAGUUAGUUACAAUAAUAACAGUAACGAUUUAGACAAAAAUAAUUAUCAACAAUUUCAGUUCUUAAAUCAUAACAUUGUUGCAUUAAGUGAUCAAUUUAAAGUUAAAUUUAUUGACUGCCGUACCAAAGCAAUUGAAAAAGAAUUUAAUCCGGAACUACUAGAAUGCAAUUCUUUAUGUAAUUUCGAAAUUAGGGAGAAUGAUUUCUUUUUAGCUUCUCGGCACUACUUGAUAAAAUCGGAUUUACGGAAAUUAGAAAAAGUAUCGCAUUUUUCUCAUACCCUUAAUAAUCCACCUUGCUACAUGAGUAUUGGAACUAAAGACAAUGAUAAAUUCUUAUGUUUAUCUGGACAAACUCAGAGUUAUAAGGUACUAUUUGAUGGAAAAUCGAUAUUCAGUUUACCUCACAAAGUUCCAGACCUACAAAGCACACUUAAGCAGUGUCUUUUAAAUAAUCCCAGCUUGGUUCUACGUAAUAGUGAAUUACAAAACAGGCUGGACUUUUCUGUGGCUGGCUUAAAAGUAAUAAAUUUGAAUAACAAAGUAUGCAUUUUCUGGGCAAAUUCAUUGGGAGAAAUAUUUAAACAAAAUAUAUCCCCUCAUGAACCUGAUUCAAAGAAGCCAGUGGAAGCUUUAACAGACUGGGUGAACAACUUAGAAAAAAUAAAACCUAUAUUGCAUCUCACUUGUGUACAAGAAAUGAGUCACGCAAGAUUUUCUUUAAACACGAAUCCAGUGGAUACCAGUUUGUUGAAGUAUAAGAAGAAUGAUACCACUCAAAGAUUCUUGGACAAGUUCACACCUGUAUAUUCAAAAAAGAAUGUUAUGAGCAAGUUAGCUCAGGAUUUUUUGGCAGUAUGGGAUGACGAAGACGAUGACGACAAUGAUGAAGAGGAAGGCGAUGAAUUACCUGAAGUACCUGUACACGAUAAAGUUAAUAGUUGGAUACAAACACAUGAUUUUUCUGAAGACGAAAAUAGUAUGAGCCGGAGCUUUUCAAAUACUUCCAAAAGAUAGUGAUAUAGCUGAUAACCUGUUCAUAUUAAAAAUACACAGAAUCUGUACCAAGUCUUUCAAGUUGACCAGUCUUUAUUGAUUUUUAUGUCAGAGAUGCUAUAGAAAAUACAGUCUCUGUAAAUAAAAAGUUAUGGUAGUAAAUAACUGGAGUUAAAGACUUUUUUCCUUUGUAUUUGAGAUAUCGUCAAAGAAUUGUUUUUGCUUUAUUUUUCUGGAUAAUAAAAUAAUUCACUUUAUUGCUUGACUAAUUAUUUUAUAAUUCAAUGUGAUUGAACGGAAUCAAGAAGACGGUU